AUGGUUGCUCAUUCAUCUGGCAAGUGCCGAUGCGGGUCUGUCUCGAUCGCCAUUGACACCAAGCCGUUCUUGACCUACAACUGCCACUGUUCCCAUUGUCGUGCCUUUGCCAGCAGGCACCGUUCCGAGCCAGCUGCUUAUCAUGGUGGAGGGGCCGUUUUCAAGUGGAAUGUGGCCCUGGAGGGAGAAGAGAAUAUUGAAUAUGAACAAUCUACAUCACUAGGUGGUCUCUUGGCCAUGUCAAGGGGCAGAUGCUCCAAGUGUCAUGAAUGCAUUUGGGAAUCAGGAGAGCGCGCCAUGCUGCCUGUUGCUAUGGUCAUGACAGAGCUACUUCCCAAUCUCAAUCCUGACACUGAUAUCUUUUAUGAUUCGGGGCUGAAGGGAGGACCCACUACCUCUACAGUGAUUCGUUCCGACCUGGGAAGCCUGUUCUAUGAGAUAAUCGUGAUUCUCUUUAUGGCAGUUCCAACGAUUCCUUGGACUGUCUUGAAGCGAUUGACACGAAGGAAUGAUGGAAGUGCUCGAUCGAAGGUAGAAUAA